UUGAUAUUGACCCACUCUUGAAACCUUCCUAAGGCCAUGUACAUAAAGUCAUAUAGAGGUCUUAUAGCUCAACUAUUGGGAAAAAGAAGCUCAUUAUGAUGUUUCGGAGUUUAUAUUAUUGGAUGCAACAGCAACAUCUGAAAUCACUCAGUGCUCCUUAGUUUCUUCAAAUUACAAAAGUAGCUUGAAGCUCCUUGGAAGCAUGAAAGUACCUCUAAUCAUACUGAGGAAAAGCAUACAUACUGAAUCCCCUUCAACUUGAUGUUGGUUGAUAUGCCUCAGUUAAAUUGAUUUUAAUCUUACGUCAUUCUAUUUUCUGGGCGACUUUCUUAGUGGUAGACUGAUUUAUGCAUAUGAGAUGUGCAAUGCCUCUGAGUUAGCUUUGGACUGUGCUUUCUUUCUACUGAUAUAUUCCUCUAAAAAAACAAGAAAAAAAGUGUGUCAUGAUCAAGGGAGGUGAUUCAAUAAUUGUGUAUGGAAAGAACCAUUGCUUUUGUAAUUGGCCAUGAAUAUUUUUGUCGUAGCAAGGUACUGUGGUAUUUUUGUUAUUGUUCUGUGGUACAUUUUGAAGGGCUUUCCUUGAUGUGAUGCAGUCCCAAUUUAUUCAUUUUUGUAAUAUGUACGAGCUUGUCAAUGUUCAUUUUUGUAAGAGUACAGUCUCUUCUAGACCUUGCUUUGCAGACCACAGCUGCAGUAGUAGAUCCUUGUCACGAGGAACUGACAUGUUGUGUGGAAAGAUCUUCUUUGCUUAAUAGAUUGGGGACUCUCAGUGAUUUGGAAUAUGGGAUGAAAAAUUUACUUUCAACUCCUGAAGUUCAGAAGCCUGUUUCUGAUGGUAAUGAUCAGACAGAGCCAGUAAGUGUCCCUGGCCUAGAAACAUUCUCUCUGAGUUACAAGGUGCAAUGGCCGUUGUCCCUUGUGAUUUCAAGAAAAGCCUUGACCAAGUAUCAGUUGAUUUUUCGAUUCCUAUUUCAUUGUAAACACGUCAACCGCCAACUUUGUGGAGCAUGGCAAGUCCAUCAAGGGGUUCGUGGUUUUAACAAAUUGGGAACAGCCAUCUCCUGCUCUUCAGUGCUUUGCCGUAGCAUGCUUAAAUUUAUUAAUAGCCUUUUACAUUAUUUGACAUUUGAGGUUCUUGAACCCAAUUGGCAUGUGAUGCACAAUAGACUUCUAACUGCAAAGAGCAUAGAUGAGGAGCAUGAGAAGGAAGAAGCCCAGGUGGAGGAGGUGACAGGACAGAUGGAGGGCAGGGCAGGCAAGCCUCUCACUAAGGCUUUUAGACAAGUUGGAAAGAACCCAAGAAAGAACAACACCAAGAAAGCCAAUGAAGUAGAUACUAUUAUUGAAUCUGUUGCAUCAGUUAGUACUAUAGCUGAAACUGGAUAUGUUUCCGAGGGAGAAAAUCCCAAAGGCAGGGGAGCUUCAAAGAAGGCUCUUGCUAGAAAGCAGAAAAUGCCGACUGUUGUUGAUAGUGAAGAGGAAGAUGAUGAAGUGCUCGAGCUGAAAGAACGACUGACAGCGUAUAAGAUUGAUUCUCCUUAA